CGUUGAAUAUGGUCUAUGGAUGGAUGUUCCCAUGGUUACCAAGAGGGAUUUGAGCGAAAAAUCUGGGCCCUACUCAAGUUUUAUCUUUUGUUGAGUGUUUUGAGUUCUUGACGUGGGGCGUGAGGUUAGAUGUGUAUAUAUAUGAUUAUCUCAUCAAGAGGAAGAUGACUGUGUCUGCCAGGGAAUUUCAUGCUGAAGCAGAAGUACCCACUAACCGAACAGCAAUUGAUACUCCAGGAGGAUUUCUUUUAGAAUGGUGGUCAAUCUUUUGGGAGAUAUUUGUUGCUAGGUUUAGAUGCCCUCCAGGAUCUCGCAAUGAGAUUGUAAUAUCAAAAUCACAGGAACAACAGCAACAACACCAAAGUGAUGAGCAGCAGCAGUGUCAACUACAACAACAGAUCCUGCAGAAACACGUUGAACAACAAUUACAGAGACAACGAGAAGAGAAGCGAUUAGGAUGUGCCACUUCCAUUGAAACUCAUUCAAGACCUAGCUGUGUGGCCAUGAAUGCACUAACCAGAAGUAGAAGCUCUUUGCCUGGGCCAAAUAGGAAGAGGCCCAUGCAGUCUAGUGAUGGUAUUAAUGCUGGUCAGCCUUUUAAUCAUAGUUAUACAUCAAUGUUAACUUCACGAACAUGUGGAGACCAACAUCCACGUCACGGAAGUCCUGUUGGCAAUUUAAGAUCUUUUCCUGAAACGAAGGAUCAACCUCAGCUGCAUCAUGUUUCCCAUGGCCCAAUGAAUACAUUGAAUCCCUUAGCAAACCUAAAGUCUGCUUUCCCGGAUGCAUCUUUGACUCAACUUUAUGGAUCAAAUCAUGGAGCGAGUAAUAUGCCUUUGAAGGGUUGGCCUCUGACGGGAUUUGAACGGCUUCAACCUGGACAUCUUCAGCAGCAAAACCCUUUGCUUAAUCCUUCUCAGCCCUCCCAACAACUUCAUCUGCAACAGCAAAUUCAAAGCCUUCUUGGUUCUCAGUAUAUGGAUGUUAGGAAAGUCAUGCAACCACAUUUUUUGUCUAAUUUGGUUCCUGAUUCGAAUUCGCCGGUUCAAGCAGGCCUCCCACUUUUCUCUCAUGCGGAUGAUACACUAAUCAAGCUCUAUCAGUCUGAAUUGGCAAAGGCCAACCAAAGACAGCAGCAAUGUCAAAGGCCAACUGUACUUGGUCAAUACCCAGAAACCUCAAGCUAUAAAAUUGCACAACAAGACAACACGAUUACUGCAAGCAACAGUGCCAUGGAUGCCACCUUUUCAAAUACUUCUAGAGACAAUGAUCAGAUUGCGGCUCUAAGAAAAAGAAAGCAACCAUUGUCCUCAAAUCCAACAAACAGCUCUGGUACAGCAAAUACCACCAUUCGGCCAUCACAAAGCACGUCACCCUCUUCCCCUUCAACCCAUACAAUGGAAGAUGUGAUAUCAUCAGUACCUUUACUGCUUCGAGAUGAUAGCAAGUCGCAGAUAUUUUGCAGCAGUGGUGCUGACACAAAUGCAUCAAGUCAGAUGGCAGACAUUGUCCGUUUUAUAAGUCAUGGAUCUAUGGAUGACAAUGUGGAUUCUUUCCUUGAUAAAAAUGUGUGCGGCACUGAAGAUGCGAUUACUCAAUGCUUAGAUGUUCCAUUCUCAGAACUUGGAAGCAUUGAAUCUAAUGAAGUUAACUGCUGUGAUUUCUCAUGCGAGGGUAAACUUAUUGCAACUGGUGGAGACGGUAAUAAGGUUGUGUUAUGGUGCACAGAUUCUAAAGAGCAAAAGUGUACACUUGGAGAGCACUCAGACAAAAUCACAGAUGUUCGUUUUAGUCCAAGACGGCCACGGCUUGCUUCAUGUUCCCUGGACCGGAUGGUUAAAAUUUGGGACAUACAUAACCCAGGUCAGUCACUGCGAACCUUUACUGGGCAUUCUGCCUCUGUUGUUUCAGUGGACUUUCACCCAAACAAGGAGGACCUUAUCUGCUCUAGCGACGAUGUUAGUGCGAUACGGUAUUGGACCAUUAAGAAUGGUGGUUGUGCGGGAGUUUCUAAGGUUGCUGCAGCCCAAGUGAGGUUCCAACCUACUAGAGGAAGGUUUCUUGCUGCUGCUGUAGGGAAUGGUGUAUCCUUGAUAGAUGUUGAGACCACUCAAACCUGCAGCAGAUAUCCUUUAAAGGGGCAUGCAUCAAAUGUGCAGUCUGUAUGUUGGAGCUCUUCAGGGGAGUAUAUAGCAUCUUUGAGUGAGGACAUUGUUAGAGUGUGGAAAGUUGGCUGUGGGGGAGACCAGAAGUGCGUGCACGAGUUAAGCAUAACCGGGAAAAGAUUCCGUACGUGCACCUUUCAUCCAACACAGCCUUCUGUGCUGGUCGUCGGUUCCCAGCAGUGCCUGGAGCUGUGGAACAUGGCAGAGAACAAGAUGCUGACAAUGGUUGAGGGGCCUAUCUCCACAUUGGCAGUAUCUUCCUUCACUGGUUUAGUAGCCUCUGUGGCAAGCGGCGGCAAUACAGUCAAGUUGUGGAAGUGAUAAGAAUAUAUUUUCGGCCUAUAACAUAUAGAGUGGGGAAUACUUUGUUGGGGUUCAUAACAAUGUAAAGUUACCAUUAUGAAGAAAAUGGAAAGAAAAUAUAGUUAGUUAGUUUCUGGAAGUGGAGGUGGGUUAUUUGUGCAACUAUAUAUUACAUUAUUAUUUUUAGUAUAUACGUGUGAGUGGAAAGACGAAAGGAACUUAAUCAUAUGUUAUUAUGCAUGAAUUAACAAAAC